AUGGAAUCAAUCCAACUUGCGAUCGCCAUAGCUGUCCUUGUAUCGCUGGCGAUAUACUGCUGGCGUCUAAACCCCGGUCGGGUGGCCAAACUAUGUUUGCCUCCAGGGCCUACUCUACUCUCAGGCUCGCUUCCUGGGAAGGACAUCGCGACCACGUUUCAGAAAUGGAGUCGGGAAUACGGACCAGUCGUCAGCUUUAGCAUCGGGGGCCGGACGUUUAUAAUACUCGGCACGCGCCAAGCCGCGCAGGAUCUGCUGGAGAAGCGAGGGAACAUCUACAGCUCGAGGGCCCCCUCGGUAUGGAUGGACAAAUAUUUAUAUAAAGGACUCGCUGCUGCUUUCAUGCCAUAUGGCGCCGAAUGGCGACUGAACCGCCGGCUGCAUGGCUCUCUGUUGGGCGUCCACCAGACCAAUGCUUAUCGCUAUCUGCAAGACAUUCAGAGCAAGUAUCUAUUGCAUGAGUUUCUCUCUACAGAUGAUUUUUCGCACGGAUUUCAUCAGUACACUUCGAAUGUAAUGUUCACACUCGUGUAUGGAAAAGAACGAGGUCGCGACAAUGGCGAUCAUCGCAGGUUGGAACAAAUCAAUGACAUGGCUAGCUUUAUCCUACGAGGGGCCUCAUCAUGGACUCUCCUGCUUGACUUGUUCCCCAUCCUCGAUCGACUACCGCGCUUCUGGUGGACAUGGAGAACCGAAGCAGCGACGCUCCACGACAAGACCAAGGCAGUGUAUCGGGAAUGCUGCGAGACAGCUCUGACUGCGGAUUGCUGGAAUUGGUCGCGGGAAGUCACGGGGAAAAGGGACAUCAUGGCACUCCCAUGGGAUCAUGUGUGCUAUUCGCUCGGAGAACUGUAUGUUGCAGGCAUCCACACAACCAAGAUGGUGCUGGACAUAUUUGUGCUAGUGAGCGUUUUGUAUCCUACUGUGGUGAGCAAGGCGCAGCGGGAGCUGGACUCAAUCGUGGGUUCGGACCGGAUGCCAUCAUUUGACGAUCUUGACCAGCUCCCGUUCAUCAACGCGAUCAUCUCGGAGCUUCUGCGAUGGCGCCCAAUAUCGCCGAUCGCCGUGCCGCAUGCAGUGAUGCAAGACGACGAAUAUAUGGGGUACUUUAUUCCCCGGGGGGCAACCAUCGUUGCCAAUCAAUACGGCAUGAAUAUGGAUGAGUCCAUCUUUGGAGAUCCCACUCGGUUUCGGCCGGAGAGAUACAUCGAGAACCCGGAGCUUCCGGUGGCCGCAUUUGGAUUCGGUCGGAGAGCAUGUCCUGGUCACCGACUGGCUCGAUCAAGCCUGUUCAUUGUAAUUUCUCGCUUACUCUGGGGGUACGACAUCACGUCGGCAGAUAAACAGGGCCCGCUGGAAUCAUCCAGUCCAUCUUCAGUCAAAGCUGCUUUUCAUGUCCGGAGUCCUCGACGACAAGGAAUCAUUGAACAAGACUGGGAUUUGGCUGAGAAGGACGACGGGGUCAUUCUUGAUGAGAUCCAGUCCAGAUUUCGACGGACGUAG